AUGUCACGAAGGCAAGAUUGCACUGGUCAUCUAAGCGAGGAAUUUAAGAAAGGUGUUGUGGAAUUCAUAGAUUUUGUAGAAAGAAACCCGACAGUCAUUGAUAGUUUAGGUCGCAUUCUUUGUCCAUGCACAAAAUGUAAGAACAGACUUAGGGAUGAAAUAUUUUGGGUCGAAAAGCAUUUGUGUGAUCGUGGGUUUACGGAGGGUUAUAUAAACUGGACUGCUUAUGGUGAGGAAAGAUGGGUUGAACAGGACACAACAAAUGUUACCCAAGAACAUGAAGAGGAGAAUACAAAUCCAUAUGUAGACAUGGUUAUUGAUGAUGCAGGUGAUAACUUAAACGUAGUGGAAGGUUUAGAAGAGGAUCCAAAUCCAUCCGCGUCGAAGUUUUAUAAGUUGUUGAGGAGUGCUGACGAACCUUUGUGGGAUGGCUGCACCAAGCAUACAAUAUUGUCAGCUGUAACCCAGCUAGUUAACUUGAAGUCAGAAUUCAACAUGAGUGAGAGCUGUUAUAAUCGAAUGGUUGCCAUAAUCAAGGGCAUGCUCCCAGAAUCAGAGAAGUUUCCAGAAGAUUUCUACCGGUCAAAGACAAUGAUUCAAGAAUUGGGAUUAGGAUAUGAGAAAAUUGAUGCUUGUCCUAAUCACUACAUGAUAUAUUAUAAAGAAAUAAGUGACAAGAUUAGUUAUGUAGCAUGCACAAUGUGUGGACAUCCACGAUUUAAGCCAAAGGCAGGGGAUACAACUAAUAGUAGUAGGGAUGUGCCAUACUCAAUAUUAAGAUAUUUUCCUAUUACUCCAAGGCUUCAACGUUUGUUUAUGUCUAAAACUACUGCGCAAUAUAUGAAGUGGCAUGUGGAUGGAGUACGCCAAGAUGAAUCGGUGAUCACACAUCCGGCUGAUGCUAAUGCUUGGAAACAAUUUGAUGCCACCCAUGAACUAUUUUCCCAAGAGUCUAGAAAUGUUAGGCUUGGACUUUGCACUGAUGGUUUUAAUCCAUUUUCUGGCUCGAAGACUCCAUACUCAUGUUGGCCUGUGUUUGUCACACCUUACAAUCUUCCUCCAAGUAUGUGCAUGAGAAGAGAGUACAUAUUCCUCAGUCUUUUGAUCCCUGGACCGAAGUCUCCGGGAAAAAAAUUAGAUGUUUAUCUUAGACCACUGAUUGAUGAGUUAAAGGUUUUGUGGGACAAUGGUGUUACUACUUAUGAUGCAUGGGAAAAGAAAAAUUUUAACAUGAAGGCAGCAUUAUUGUGGACUAUAAGCGAUUUUCUGGCUUAUGGAAUGUUGUCUGGUUGGAGCACACACGGUCGUCUUUCUUGUCCGAUUUGCAUGAAGAACACUAAAUCAUUUCGACUACAACACGGUGCUAAACCCUGUUGGUUUGAUUGUCAUCGACAGUACUUGCCUGUUGGUCAUGCAUUUCGUCGUGAUCGGUACUCUUUUAAAAAGUCAACCGUGGAAAACUCUUUUCCACCGAAACGAAUGAGUGGAGUUGAAAUCUUAAGUGAGUUAGACAAACUCGAAGAAGCUAACUUAGGGGCUAAUCCGAGAGGAAAAAAGGGUGACUUUGGUACCAUUCAUAAUUGGGUGAGAAAAAGCAUAUUUUGGGAGUUGCCUUAUUGA